ACCGCUCAGUCCACCUCCACUACUCGUUCGAAGAAGUCCGUGAAUUUCGCCGACUACCCCAACUUAGACCCUGCGAUUGCUGCGACGAUGAGAGUCCCCGAUCUGAAGGAGGUUUGGGGCUACGUGCGUCCGCGUAAGCCCAGCAACACCAAAGCAAAAGCCGAGGCAGCGGCGCCGAUUGAGCCCUUGCCAGAGUUGAAAACCAAGGCUCAGCUCAAGCCUCGCAACGAGCUGGAGCACAAACCUAUUCAGAAGCACAGGCCCCAUCCACUCAAUCUCCAGAAGGUCAAUCCGCCCAGCCAGACCGGCACCGAGGUCAAGAAUGACCAUCAUGACCGCCCGACCGCGGAUGAAAAGAGCCCGCGUACCCCCGGCAGCCAGAACACCACCGAGCCUGCAGCAGCGGAGGAGCUGUCGGCCCAAAAGUCUCCGGCCAUCACAUACAGCGAUCCCCGAGAGGUUCCCGAGGGCAUGCGCACCGCGUUGGACCGCCACUUCAUCCGCGCUAUCGAGCGCGCCGACCCGUCGACACCCUGGGAGGAAGUCAUCCGGACCGAGACCGCAAAGCUGAUCGCUUCUAAGCCUAGCACCCCCAAGAACUACCACUACAUUCUGGAUCUGGAUCAGUAUGAUCACGAGGAGGUCGACGAGGACAGCCCGAUCGCGCGCCACUACGGCUCCCAGUGGGCGACCAAGAAGUACCACCACUGGAUGAAUAAGGACGGGCCCCGGCGCAGGUCCAAGACAGAGUCCCGACAGAAGCAGAAUCUGGGCAAGGCGGCCAAGGUCCUGGACUUUGAGUAUCGCGAGGAUGUGAAGGGGUUCAUGUCGAAGAAGAGCACGUCGAGCCUGUCGAAGAAGAGGGUUGUUCCGAGCUUGUCCAAGAAGAGUGUUGCCAGCUUGUCGAAAAAGAGUAUCUCGAACCUGAGUACCAAGAGCACCAAGAGUGCCAAACAGGCGACCGCGUCGUCCGGCUCCAGCAUCAAGAGCACCACCCAUGUCUCGAACAAACAGGCGACCGUAUCGUCAGCCAGUGCCAGUGCCAGUGCCAGUGCCGGCGUCAAACCCGCCACCAAAGCCCCGAGUACUCCAACCACCACCGGCAAGCCCACCAUCAGCACUCCCACCAGCAUCACGGCCAAGCCAUCCAACCUCCCCCGACCCGCCGCCAACGCCAACGUGCAGACCAUCAUCUCGAACAUCAACACCAUCGUGUCGAAUGCGAAGCAGCAGCAGGAGCAGGCCACCGCCACCGCCACCGCCGCCGCCCGCGCCUGCAAGCCCAGCACCCCUACCACUCCCACUCCCACGCGUACCAACAUGGCCACCGUGACAACCACCACCCACACCUCCCACAAGACCAGUAACAAACCGCGGGACACCACCUACAUCAACAACAUCCCGACCCCGACCGGCGGCUUCACGCGCAUGGAGAUCGCGCAGGACGUGCCCCCACACCCGGACUACUACCCGCGCGAACGCCAGGACAUCGCGCUGACCUUCCGCGGCUUCGUCGACCCGGACAUCAAGUCCGACGUCAUCCCGGACUACUACCCGGGCAUGUUCGACAACGAUCCCUACGCGCGCAUCGUCGCCCCGGCGCCGCCCAAGCGCGUGGACUCGCUCGUCGCGCCCCCCGCCGAUCUGCCCGAGUACCUCAAGGCGUACCACGACAAGCUCCCCGCCACCCCCGAUGCCCCGGCCGUGCAGUACAACCGCGGCACCCGCCACCGGGAUGCGUCCAUCUACGUGCCGGAGGAGGAUGAGCUUGUUUGAGGAAGAUGGAGAGGUCAGGGUGACUGACUUCACUUUAACCAAAAAAUUGAAAAAAGAAAAACAAAAAACACAAAAGCAAAAAAAAAAGUUGAAAAAAGAAAACCCCUUUUGUGUUUUUCUUUUGUUGGUUCAGGUUUGUUCUUUUAUGGGUUGCAUGAAUUAACGAUGACGCGAAAAUGAAUUAUGAGUGAUGAGAUGAUGAGAGGUGGAUUGGGAGAUUGAGCAUGGCGUUCGUUGCACUAUGGAAAGGGUUGGAUGGUUGGGUUGGGGUUGGGAGGAAUGCACGUGUUUGGUGCUAUUUUUCCUUUUUCUUGUAUUUACGGGGAUGAUUGGAAGCUUUGUUAUCGCUUCAUAUAAAUUAAAAUGAAAAUGAUUUCGAGUCAAU